AUGCGUGAAUCAAGACGAAGUAACGAUCUAUCUGAACAACAAGCAUCAACUGAUAAAGACGAUGCUCUUCGACAACUUGUCGAACAUGAAUAUACAACACUCUAUCGUCAAGUACAUAAAAUCGCACAAAACACAGCUCGUCAUGUUCUUCGGCAUGUAGCACAACCAUGUCCACCACGUUCAAUAACUAUACCUAUUUCUAUAUCUACAAUUGAAUCAAAUAUAGAUAUAGAUGAUGAUAAUAAAACUGUUUCAGUUAUUGUAGCCGAUGGUACGAAUAAAAAUGCACAAAAAAAUUCAACAAUUCCAACUGUUAUGCCAACACUUCCUAUUGUACGAGAAUUAAUAUCAUAUGUACCAACAACAAAAAAUGUUGCUACACGUGGUCAUCUUAUUGGUAUACCAUAUUUAGGAGAUAAAUUUGAUGCUGAAGAUCAACGUUUAAUUAAUUCAAUAUCAAUUGAACCAUCUAAACAACAAAAAUUAAUAAGAAAAAAAAAACUUGAUGAACAAUCUUUAGAAAAUUUAUUUCAAUCACUUCGAAAAAAUAAAUUAUGUAAUGAAUAUUCAAGUGAAGAAAUAAUCGAUGAAAUACUUCAUUAUCAUCGUGAUUCAACACCAAGAACAAAACUUAUGGCAUUAGUCAAUCAAAAUGAUUGUUCUUUAAAUGAUAAAAAUAUUAAAAAAUAUGAUUCAGAAAAUGAUGAUAUUGAUGAAUUUAUUAUUAAACGUUGGUGUUCUCGAUUUUGUCCACGUUGUUAUAGUUAUAAUUGUUUAUUACAUAAAGAAGGUCCAUCAUAUUUACCAUUACCAAAACAAAUUUUUAUCUCACGUAAUAAUCAAUCCGAACCAUGUAGUUCUACAUGUUAUAAAUAUCAACGUGAACAUCAUCAUAAACGAUCAUUAUCACCAUUAUCAUAUACAAAUGAAACAUCUGAUGAAAUAGAAAAUCAUAUAAAACGUCAACGUAAAUCAUCAUCAUCAUCACCAACAUCAUCAAAUAAAUUUCUUUUAAAUAUAAAUGAAACACAACGAAAAUAUUCAUUACAAUGUUUAACAAGAAUUGAAAAUAAUUAUAUAUGUCAAACAAUUCAACAAUAUUCAUUUGAAAAUAUAUGGACAUUAAAUGAUAGAAAUUUAUUUCGUUUAUUUUAUUUUAUUUUUGAUGGUGAUUUAUGUUUAUUAAAUCAAUUAUUUGAUAAUAAUCAACGAACAUGUUAUGAUUUAUAUCAACAACUUAUAAAUGAUUCAAAAUAUUUUUUUGAACGUAUAUCAUUAACAAAAGAUUUACCAUUUUUAAUACGUCAACCAUAUCGAAAACGUAUGCCUGAAGGUACAACACGAACAUUUCUUCAUUAUGUUAAAAAAAAUUUUAAUCGAACUCAUAGUAAUAAUAAUAAUAAUAAUAAUAAUAAUAAUGGAAAAACUACAACAGCAACAACAUUAAAACCAUCUUAUCAUCCAUGUUUACAUGAUGGACCAUGUACAAUAGAAAAUUCUCAAUGUUAUUGUAUUAAAAUGGGAACAUUUUGUGAAAAAUUUUGUAAUUGUUCUAUUGAUUGUCCACGUCGAUUUCCUGGUUGUGCUUGUAAAGGAACAUGUUUAUUUAAUAAUUGUUUAUGUAGUGCAGAAGGUCGAGAAUGUGAUCCAGAUUUAUGUCAUAAUUGUGGUGCAUCAUUAUUUUUUAAUCAAUUUUAUCCUUCAACUAAUACAGAAAUUGAAAUAUCAAUGACAAGAGAAGAUGAAAAAAUUUUAUCAACAACAUCUGUACGAAAUAGUCGAACACGUACAACUAGUAAUAUACCAACACGAUCACAUAGUCUUCGAUCAUGUCGUAUUAAUGAAUCAUUAUAUAAAAUAACAUCGAAUGAUCGAAGACGUACAAAUUCAAGAACAUCAUUAAAUUUAAAUACAUCACAAACAUCACCUAUGAUAACAUGUGCAAAUAUUGCAUUACAACGAAAAAUUCAUAAACAAAUUCUUAUUGCUGAAUCUGAUAUUGCUGGUUAUGGAGCUUUUCUUGGUUCAUCAAUUGCAUAUCCUGGUGAUUUAAUAUCAGAAUAUACUGGUGAAAUUAUAACUGAAGAAGAAGCCGAUCGACGAGGUCGUCUUUAUGAUAAACGAGCAUGUUCUUAUUUAUUUAAUCUUGAUAUGCAACAUUGUAUUGAUGCUCGACAAUUUGGCAAUAAACUUCGUUUUGCAAAUCAUUCAUCAAAACCAAAUUGUGUUCCAAAAAUAAAAUUAGUCAAUGGUGACUAUCGUAUUGGUAUAUAUGCAAAAGAAGUUAUAUUUCAAGGUGAUGAAUUAUUUUUUGAAUAUAUGUAUGAUGCACAUCAUCGUCAACAAUUUGUUAAUAAUGAACGUAUUGAUGAAGAAGAACAAGAGAAUUUAAAAAUCUUAACACGUUAUACUGAUAAUUUUAUGCUUGUACAACCAUCAUAUGAUUAA